AUGGUCAGUGCAAGUGGCGGCCUCACCUCACCUUGUCCCGAGUUGUUUUGUUUACAGUUUGAAAUUUAAUGAAGAAAAUGUCUGAAGAUUCCAAUUCCGCUAUACUGGAUUCUAUUUCCAGCGUGACGGAAGGAUGCCGCCUGCCAGUCCUAAUGAACAACGGAGAUGACUGGCGUAAGUCAGGAUGUUCAACUCUGGCAGAGAUCAUCAGCAUCAAGGACUCAGACAGCAAGAAGCAGUUUUAUGUUCACUAUAUUGAUUACAAUAAACGUCUGGAUGAGUGGGUGGAAGAAGAUCGUUUAGACACGAGGAAGAUCCAGUACCCUCGUCGGGACUUGGCCUCGGCCGCCACCACCGGCCUCAACACGCCUAAGAAGACUCUCACCGGUGCCACCAACUCCCGCCCGUCCUCGCCGGGAUUGACACCUGACCCAAUCACAGGCCCGUCAGUGUUAGCUGCCUUGCAGCAAAAACAGCAGAAGAACAGAAAGAGGAAGUUGGAUCACAGUGAGAGCAAGUCGCCGCCCGCACAGGAGGAGGAAGUGCGAAGACCAUCCAUCGGAAGUUCCAUUGGAAGUUCCAUCGGGGGGCUGGGAGACAUCGAGAUCCCUCCGUUACUAACACAACAACAGAGCCUACCGAGACAGACGGGCUCCCUCGCCACCCACUCCGACGACCAUGCCAUAACCCGCAUCAAGAACAUGAAGAUGAUCGAGCUGGGGAAAUAUCGAAUAAAACCGUGGUAUUUUUCCCCUUAUCCACAGGAAAUCACCAACCUGGACUGUAUCUACAUCUGUGAAUUCUGCCUGAAAUAUCGGAAGAGUCGGAAGUGCUUAGAGAGACACCUUCAAAAAUGUCCCUUCAAGCAUCCACCAGGCAACGAAAUUUACCGUAAGGGCUCUGUAUCAUUUUUUGAGCUUGACGGCCGAAAAAAUAAAUUAUACGCACAGAAUUUGUGCCUUUUAGCCAAGCUGUUUUUAGAUCACAAGACGUUAUACUACGACACCGAUCCUUUCCUCUUCUACGUGAUGACCGAAUACGACGCCCGGGGCUACCACAUAGUUGGUUACUUCUCUAAGGAGAAGGAAUCGUCCGAGGAUUACAACGUGGCGUGUAUAUUGACUCUACCGCCUUACCAACGCAAAGGUUAUGGUAAACUUCUCAUUGAAUUCAGUUACGAACUUUCAAAAUUUGAAGGCAAGACCGGAUCACCCGAGAAGCCACUCAGUGACUUGGGGCUGUUGUCGUAUAGAUCUUACUGGAAACAAACCAUUCUGGAAAUACUUAUAGCACUGAAACCUCAAGAAGGACAAGAAAAACCUCAGCUGACAAUCAAGUGCUCCUCUACUAACGAAAAAUCGGACUUGGGAACAAGCCUCGGUGAAAUCUGUGAACAGACGAGCAUCAAGAAGGAAGACGUUAUAUCGACACUCACCAACUUAGAAUUAAUUAACUACUACCGUGGACAGUACAUCCUGACGUUAAAUAAAGAUCUGGUCGAUAGUCAUAAAAAAAUUAUGGAGAAGAGAAAAAUUAGAAUCGACUCUAAAUAUUUGCACUGGACGCCCAAAGACUGGGCAAAGAGAGGCAAGUGGUGAAAUAUUUAGUUGUAGGAAAUACGUUAACGUGAAAUAUGUACAUAUUCCCGUAUGUAAUACACAUACUUAUUAUAUUUAUAUAUACAAUUUUAUUUAAUGCACUAUGUACAGUAUAUAUAAUUAUUCAUCAGUGAAACUGAUGUACAUUUUAUACAAAUAUAUGAAAAAGGACUUAA